AUGCCUAUGGUACCCAAAGACAUUAUUGAUGAUGGGGAGAACACAGCAGGCCCAUCCCUUCAUCAGGACUCAAUGGUCCUACAUGGCGAUGAGGGUGAAUGUAUGGAGGUGGAACAUCCCACAGCUGGAAAGGCCAUAAGCAUGGGCGAGACUUUACAUCAGAGGUGGAGAAGAGAAUUCAUUGCAGCAGGUGGGGAUGGUGAAGAUGUGGGUGAAGCUUCAGACCCCAAGUUCUUCCCCUUUGCCUCGGAGAUGGAUUGGAGAGUAGCAUGUUGGGCAAUUCAAGAUGGUUAUGGAGAAGCUGGGGCUUUUUUACCAUAA